CAUUCAAAAUUGAAAUGAAUGAUAAUAAACUCAUAAUCGAUAAUGAUGCCGGCGGUGACGACGCAUUGGCUAUUUUUAUUGCCUUACUUUAUGAAAAAUACUUUCAAGGACCUCAGUUGAUCGCUUUGACGACAGCAAAUGGAAAUACUAACGAAGACAAUGUCUUUAUCAAUAAUCAAAAAAUAUUGAACGUUGCCAAGAGACGUGAUGUACCAAUAUAUAGAGGCUGUAAAGAAUCUUUGGUAAUAACGCCACAAUCCUCCCAAUACUAUGGCGAAGAUGGUCUUGGAAAUAACGGCGAAGUAUUGACUGAUCCAUUGCCGGUUCAAAAUGAAGGCGCAGUGCUAACCCUCAUUAACCUUUCUAAAAAAUAUCCGGGUAAUAUUACCGUGGUUACUAUUGGAACGCUGACCAACAUCGCUCUUGCUAUAAAAUUGGAUCCGGAGUUUCUCGGCCGAUUAAAUCAUUUAUAUAUUGGCGGAGGGCACAUUUACAGUGAAAAGUAUCCAAGUGCAGAAUUUAAUGUACGCAUGGAUGCGGAAGCUUACCACAUCGUGGUAGAACACGCAACACCAGAUAAAGUCACAAUUGUACCAUUCUCGCAAAUAAAAGAACAUUUAACAAUUGACAUGGAUUGGAGACGAGACACUUUAGGGGGUUUAGACACUGACAUUAUACGAGCGCAAAAUAUAUAUGAAGACGUGGCUUUGAAGAAAAAAAUGGAUAAAUGGGACUCCUUGGACCCAGCCACCGUAUCUGUUGCACUCAGUAACAUGUCAACGGGUCCCGGAAAACCUGACUUUGUUACGGAAUAUAAGUAUUCAAAAAGCGGUAUCAUUUUGUGUGGUGACAAACGAGGAAUAAACACAAAUACCUUCGUAAGAAAGGAAGAUGCAAAUGUUAGAAUAGCUUAUUCGUUCGAUAUGGAAAUGUACAAAUCGUUUUUAUUUCACUUGUUUUCAGCAGACGUAAGCAGACCAAAGUAACCUAUAUCUAUUGUAAAUAUACCAACAAAAAUGUCAAUUUAGAUUUAAGAAAAUAUCAUUAUUUAAGUAGCCCAGAAAUAAAUAAUAAAGUAGGUACAUUAUUGUAUUACUUCGUAUAUGCCAUUGUAGGUAAUAAAUAAAUUCAUUUAAGCAUUUAAGUACAUUGAAGAUUGAAAUGUACGGACAACGACACAUCAGACUAUACACAUUUUUGUUCGAAAAUCG